AUGGCAACUACCGGAGCAAGUGCCCGGCGGGGGCGAGCCAAGAUUAUGGCGCCUCGGAAGCAUGGCCCAGAAUUCUCAGCGGAGAAAACAUGGUCAGAACUCGCACGGAAUAUUCGUGAAAUACAAGACCAAAACGCGUCGAAUUUGUCUUUUGAGGAAAACCAUCGCUUUGCGUACAACAUGGUUCUCAAUAAACACGGAGAAAUGCUCUAUAACGGGCUGAAGCGACUUGUCGCGGAGGAUCUAGAAACCCUAGCCACACGGAACAUCGUCCCUCACUUCCCAUCUGGCACGACAGACCCUUCAGUUCAGAGUGGCGAGGAUGAUUUGUUACUGACGUCACUGAAAGCUGUGUGGACUAGACAUAUAAACAACAUGGUUAGGUUGGGGCAAAUCUUGAAAUAUAUGGAUCGCGUCUAUACACAGACAGCAAAAGUGCCAGCUACUAAUGAUCUCGGCCUACAAUUGUUCCUUAAGCACAUCAUCCGACCCCCAAUAAAGGAAAAUGUAAUGGCAGCAAUUCUCAAUCAAAUUCGACACGAACGGAACGGAUACGUGAUCGACCGGUCAACGAUGAAGGGUUGUGUAGACGUUUAUUUGAGUCUGGAAGGCGACACCCAUGGCGCGACGAUCUAUAAACUUGAUCUCGAACCGGCCGUUCUCAAGGAGAGCGAAACAUUCUACAAGCGCGAGGGAGAAGAGUUGCUGAACUCUUCCACAGCACCAAUAUUUCUUCAAUCUAGCAACGGCUCAAAGCAGAAGAAGACAGAGUACACCAUUACUUGUCAAGCCAUACCAAACCACAUCUGCUGCAAAUCCUACAGGAUAACCUGCUAUCCCCACAUCUUCGAGCUGUUAUAUCUAAAGAAAAUUCGGGUCUGGAUGCCAUGCUAG